GGAUGUACCGAGCUCGCUUUGAAGUAAAUGAUGUCGAAGAAAACCCACAGUCUAGAGCAACUGGAUAAUUAUAAAUAUAGAAUGUUACAUCACACUGGGAACAUAUAUAUACGAAACUACACCAAAGUUGUUAUCAAGCCAUAGAGUUGGAAGAGUUAGCUGUCAAGAAGAAAGUUACCGGUAAGGCGCGAAACUAAGACUUGUUUUAAGUUAGUUUUUGGAGUCCAUACAUUUAUCCGGAACAAACGCUCAAGUUCUUGAUCAAGUUGCUACAAUUGAUUAAGUAUUUAAAGAUUUUUCACUAUGUAGUGCUAUCGAUGUACACGGUUUCUCCACAAAGUUUAUUUUAAACAUCUAUAUGCAGAUUAAUUUGGUUGACCCCAACUAAUUUUUAACUGCUUUGCUUUCAAGGUCUUUUGAAAACUAGAGUCACGAUCAACAAUCACAAUGGUAAGUAGAUACAGUAUUUUGAUAAAAUGGUAGGUGGCCGUUGUUAACUCUUAGUUUAAAAUAUGCCCGACAGAAUAGCAGAGUUAUUUUAGUCAAAAACUGAGGUCGUUGUACACUAAACGCACCCUCGGCCAGGCUUUUAUCAGCCAUGGAAGUGAUUAGGAAUGAUCAAAGCAGUUGUUCUUCAUUUGAGGAAGCAGAAUGUAAGCAAAUUUUGCUUAAUCUCCCCUUGCUUACUUGAAACUCAUAAUGUAAUAAUAAAUAUUUCAAAAAUAGCUCUAUUAGAUACCAACUUUGGCCUUCGUUUUCUCCACUUCUACUGAACAAAAAUGCUUCAUUUUUGGAAUUUGUGUUCUCCUUUAAAGCACGUCUGAUACCUUAAUAAGUCUUUUUUUAGAUUAUUAAUUUAUUUUUAUGUUUUCUUGAUACAGUCUAUGUCAGGGGUCCAAGUCGAUGCUAAAAUCAACGGUUUGUUUAAUGACAUGAAGAUGAGAAGCAAACACAAGUUUGCAUUCUUUAAAAUUGAAGGAAAGAAGAAAAUUGUUGCUGACGUGUGUGGUGAUCCAUGCAAAACAGAAACAAAAGAAGAAGAUGAAGCACAGUUUAAUAGAAUGAAGGAGCAACUCACCAAUGAGCCACGAUAUAUUUUGUAUGAUUUUGAAUUUAUGAAGAAGGAUGGCAGGAAAGUUAAUAAGUUGGCAUUCAUCUUUUGGUGAGUGAGACUGUCUUUGUAUUUUUAUUAAUUGGUGAUAGGGCAUAAAAUUUUCCUUCAGCUUCAAGACAUUUUAGGCUGGAUUUUAAUACAUGUAGCUCGACAGAGUCAAAAUUGUAGAACAUUUUAUUUCUAUCAUUAACCUGGUGAAAAUCAAAGACUUGAUUUGAGUCGUAAGCGGAGUUAUAAGUGAAACAUAAUCGGUAGCCUACGUGUCAGGCGUUUGAAAGGAAAUGGAAAGGGAAUUCCGGACGCUCGAGAAGCGCGAAAGGCGCGCGAGUGGAGUAUAUAGUCUUCUUCGUUAUUCACAUCUACCAGAGAGAUGUAAAAAGUAAUGAUUUAGUACCUUAAUUAAUGAUACCUUAUUUCGAUUGGUUGAAGUCAACAUCACGCUGUUUGGGACUUCGUACUGGUGAAAAACCGCUGGAAACUUACUUUUAUCGCGGCCUUCUUACAGACCCUUAGCUCGUUUCAUAAACUCGGCACGCGUCGUUGCAAUUUAGCUACAAACGGCGUCGAACCCGGGCCACUUUGGUGGAAAAUGAGUGCUCUCUCCACGGCGCCUUCCUUGCUCCCUGAAUUGAUGUAUGAUUAAUCAAAGUGCAAUCAUCAAGAGAUUAUUAAAUAAAAAAAGUGGCCGGUUCCAGGCUCUCAGAUAGUAAGGAUGAUGCGUAAGUGUAAGGCACCCGAAAAUAUAAGCGCUCGAGCUGGGAAAAAUGGUCGGCGCCGCCCUUCCUCUCCCCAGUCUCCUCCCGUCAGUUUAUUUUCGUGUUUGCGCUUCCUCAAUUUUGCUGACCCGACUAUCUCGGAGCCUUGAACGGGCUAAUAAAAACGGUCUUUAGGUUUAGUUUGUGUGAUAAAGUACACCUUUAUUGCCUGGUUCUCAUUUCUACUUAGAGACUGUUCACAUGAGGUGAGCCAGCUUGGUUAGCAAGACUGGCCUGCUUUACUGGGCUGGUUCGGCUCGUGCCUUGUUUCCUUACAAAAUCGUUGUUGUGUUUAUAAGAGAAGACCGGCUGGCGCACUUGCUGAGAUCUUCCUUCGAGGAACCAAGAUCUCGGCAAGCGCGGCCGAGCCAACCGGUUAACUGGGCUGGCUCAUCUUAUCUCCCUCUUUUGUUUCAGGUGUGACGAAAAUGCAAAGAUUGGAGACAAAAUGAUAUACGCAUCUUCAAAAGACACCAUCAAAAAGUGCUUCACUGGUUUAUCACUGGAAUUCCAAGCAAACGAUGGGGGUGACUUGGAUUACACAACUUUAAGAGAGGAAGUGGAAACUAGAAACGCUUAGAUAGCAUGCACCAGAACACGACACUCAAGCUUUUUUACAACUUUUCCUUUUUGUUUUUGUAUAAUCUGCCGUUUAAGUUUUAGAUGACAAGAAAUAUCGAUACCUGCAUGCAAUCUGACUUCAUUUUAUACCUGUUAUCUCUGACCGCCUAUUGAAUUUAACAAUGGUGGGAGGCCAUUUUGCAGAUAUAAUUAUUUAAAACCUUUAAAUACCUGGAAGGAAGCGAAUGUUUUGACACCUUAACUUUGUAUUCGCGAGAAGUAAAUUUCGAAGUAAACAGUGUUUUUCUUCCUGGCAUAUUUUGUUGUCUUGAAAACAAUCAUUUCACAAAUAGUUACAGGUCGUUUCGAUACACGUUGACUUGGUCGAGGUGUAAGUGGCUUCACGUGCUUGACUUAAAGAACGAAGGAUACUUUCCUCAAAUGUUUUCUUGUCCACGCGCAAACUCAGUAUACGUGAAGAGAUCAAAAUUUUUGUGUAAUGUCAGUGCUUCGGGGGUGAUUUGAAACGACUCUGUAUCAAAUCGACCGGUUUCCUCACAAACAUACAACCAUACCAUCUAAAAUUGAGGUAAAUACAAACUGAACAGGUUGUUUGUUACCCUGCAAGCAGUGGUCUCUCCAGUUCGGACGCUACGCUACGAAGGGAGAGUAACGCUUCAUAGUGUAGCGUCAACCACAGGUUGCAGGCUAGUUGUAAGUAUUUCUUGACUUGUGAACUCUCGCGUAUCAUAUGUUCCAGUGAACCAUUCAGGACAUUUCAAGACCUCUGAGCUGAAAAAUCACUGAAUGAUUAAUAGUGACUUUCUGAGAAUAAGGUGCGAUAGUCCAAAGCGAGCUAGUAAGUCUUUACGGUCUUUGCCACCACUUUUGUGUCAAGACAAGAUUAAACUUCGACAAGUUUGGUCUGAGAUGAUGGUUUGAGUUCUGGAAUGAAGGUUUGCCAACCUUAUUCAAAGCAGAAGGAUAGUUCCAAAACCAAACAAUUUCUUCAAGGGAUUUGGCACCGAAGAGGUGUGUCUCUUUACUUCGGGGAAAGGGGAAAGAGGAACAAGCAAGGGGGAACGAUAAUUGAAAAUCGGAUGAAAACAGAGAAAGAGUAUGUAUUGUAGGGCUGGCUACACUGUAGGGUCCCAUUUUUCAUUUCCACCUCCCCGUUCUAUGGUUAAGUAACCUCCAAGGGAGGAGUCCUCUUCGUUCGAAGGACAUUUUGCAAGUAGGAUUAUUCUUCCUUGGAAGAGGCCAUUUUGUACCUUGGGAAUCUGAGGUUUUUUCUGCGUGCAGCGUUUGCCGCGAAAUGCUUCGUCGGUCACGGGCCGACGCCACGGCUGUAAAGGCUUGACACUAAAAACCGCGCAUGAAAAGCCCCUGGCACCUAGGGUGGCCAUUACUCGCUGACGUCAUAGAUUUCACGAUGUUGCCCGCUAAAAGAUUUUGUCGGGAAACAGUUUCACUUUUACAAGUCAUGUGACCUCGAGGUAACCAAUGAGAGCGCGCGCUGUUGGCAAAAAAAAAUUCCAGCUAUAUGACAAUACGACAUAACGACUUGUUAGGUCGUAGUGCUUAUGUCGUUCUAUUACUGGUGUGAACACGGCUCAACUUCGAGUCUGUGCUUUUACAUACCAGUACCUUGCUCUUAAGGAGGUUUUUAGGUUUCAGUUCGUGGAUUCAGAUGAAGAAAAGCGAGCAGCGUGAAAGUUUUUUUAAGUGAAGAGAAAAGAAGAGUGCGAAAUACAGUACAGGACAGAAGAGAGCAAGCUCAUUUUUUGCGCUGCGACUUCCACUACAACCGAAGGAGUUCGAAAAAUUCUAAUUACCACCAUUAAAUUGACUUUAUUCUCGGUGAAAACGGUCUGAUCAGGCUUCAUUUUCAUUAUAGCUCAAGAUUUCAGGGCUGACUUGCUUUACAGAGGUAACUUUAAUCCAGGCAUUACAUGAAUCGAGGCAGCUCGAAGCCGCCAUGUAUACAGAAAGAUUGAAAGCGGUGCACGUGAGCAGUACGUUUACCCGCUGUCCAGUUGCUGGCCUGGAUCGCCAGAGCUGGUCGCUUACGAGAGUGGUUGCAAGGAGAACUUCCAUUGUAUGUGAGCAGGAAGCGAGAAUAAACCGAUAUAUAAUUUAUUUAUAUCAUUAUUUCUCCAUACUAAUUUACUAGUGAUUCAUUUAUUCGCUGGACCUCUCUUGUGUACGUGUAUUUUUCAGUGAUGUAAAGACUUCCUGCCCAAAUUAGGGAGAUCUACAACGUUUCCUGUCUAAGCGUAGCUAGGUCACGUUUGAAAAGUAUCUAAGACAUCAGCAGAAGUAUACCAAGAAAACAAAGUGUAAUCACAUAUGUGUUCCCUUUAGCCUCUCUGGCUUGGGAACAGGGUAUAAAAAUCACCAUUCCUCUCUUGAACAGAAGCGCAAGUCCCGAUAGUCCACUUCUAUUUAAAACCGUCUGGCAUCAUCGAUCAAAGUUACCUCGCCCCAUGCUCCUGUUACUACCGCGCAGGAUCACGCGAUCACGCAAUUUCUUUCAAAAAUGUCACGCUAUAGCNUCCUUUAUAGCAGUUCUGAUACCUGAAAAAGGUUUUUUAGAUUAUUAAUCUUAUUUUUGUGUUCUCUUGAUACAGUCUAUGUCAGGGGUCCAAGUCGAUGCUAAAAUCAACGGUUUGUUUAAUGACAUGAAGAUGAGAAGCAAACACAAGUUUGCAUUCUUUAAAAUUGAAGGAAAGAAGAAAAUUGUUGCUGACGUGUGUGGUGAUCCAUGCAAAACAGAAACAAAAGAAGAAGAUGAAGAACAGUUUAAUAGAAUGAAGGAACAACUCAGCAAUGAGCCACGAUAUAUUUUGUAUGAUUUUGGAUUUAUGAAGAAGGAUGGCAGGCGAGUUAAUAAGCUGGCAUUCAUCUUUUGGUGAGUGAGACUGUCUCUGUAUUUUUAUUAAUUGGUGACCGGGCAUAAAAUUUUCCUUUAGUUUCAAGACAUUUUACAGGUGUUUUAAGCUGGAUUUUAAUGCAUGCAGCUCGAAAGAGUCAAAGUUGUAAGACGUUUUAUUUCAUUAACCUGGUGAAAAUCAAAGACUUUAUUUGAGUCGUACGGGGUUAUAAGUAAAACAGAAUCGGUGGCCUACGUGUCAGGCGUUUGAAAGAAAAUGGGAAGGGAAUUCCGGCCGCUCGAGAAGCGCGAAAGGCGCGCGAGUGGAGUAUAUGGUCUUUUUCGUUAUUCACAUCGACCAGAGAGAUGCAAAAAUAAUUAUUUGAUUUUAAUUAAUGAUACCUUAAUCCAAUUGGUUGAAGUCAACAUCAUGCUAUUGGGGACUUCUUACUGGUGAUAAAAGCGCUUGAAACUUACUUUUAUCGCGGCUUUUUUUACAGAUCCUUAAACUCGUUUCAUAAACUCGGCACGCGUCGUUGCAAAUUUCCUCCUUCAGUUUAGCUAUAAACGGCGUCGAACUCAGGCCACUUUGGUGGAAGGUGAAUGCUCUCUCCACGGCGCCUCCCUUGCUCCCUGAAUCGACGUAUUAUUAAUCAACGUGCACUCAUCAAGAGAUAAUUUAUUAAAAAAGUAGCCUAUUCCAGGCUCUCAGAUAGUAGGGAAGUGUAUUAAAGGCAGCGAAAAUAUAAGCACGCGAUCUGGGAAAAGAAGGCGGUGCCGCCCUUCCACUCUCCAGUCUCCUCAGUAUAUUUCUCCUCCUCAGUAUAUUUUCGUGUUAGCGCUUUCUCCAUUUCCCUGACCCGACUAUCUCGGAGCCUUGAACGGGCUAAUAAAAACGGUCUUUAGGUUUUAGUUUGUAUGAUAAAGUACACCCUUAUUGCCUGGUUCUCAUUUCUACUUAGAGACUGUUCACAUGAGGUGAGCCAGCUUGGUUAGCAAGACUGGCCUUCUUUACCAGGCUGGUUCGGCUCGUUCCUUGUUUCCUUACAAAAUCGGUGUUGUGUUUACAUGAGAAGACCGGCUGGCGCACUUGCUGAGAUCUUCCUUGGAGGAACCAAGAUCUCGGCAAGCGCAGCCGAGCCAACCGGUUAACUCGGCUGGCUCACCUUAUCUCCCUCUUUUGUUUCAGGUGUGACGAAAAUGCAAAGAUUGGAGACAAAAUGAUAUACGCAUCUUCAAAAGACACCAUCAAAAAGUCCUUCACUGGUUUAUCACUGGAAUUCCAAGCAAACGAUGAAUCCUUAUCUUUGUAUGAUUUUUAAUGUACGCUUUUAUUUUGUCAGCAUACAAGUGGAAAGCGACAAGCUUCCCUUUUGCAUGACGUGACAUACGGGUGCCAAUAUCGUUUGUUUCCUACUUUGGAAAUGUACACAGUGGGACGCAAUUUAUCAUUGCAUGGGAGCGUACAAUAACCCACGCAAUGCAGGUCGACGUUCUGUCUCGAAGAUUGGAUCUAUUAAAAGCUUUUUCUUACGUUGCAUAAGAACUAUGACAUCAUUUUUACAAGCCAUAGGAUAAACAUUUAAGUAGAAAAUUAGGCAAAGCUCUAUAAAACUCCCUUCAUUAAAACAAUCAGCGAUCAUAACAUUUUUCAGAAUGUUUAUAGUCUAAUAUUAUAAUUACGGGAAUAAAUUGUGCGAGGCUGUGGAAAAUGUUUGGACAUGCAGUUCACUUACUUUGAUUCUUCAAAUGUAGCUGGAUCUUGUACUUUAACCUCGAAUACUAGAUAGCAGCUACUGACACAUUUAAUCAGGCAAACCGACUGCUAACAUGACAUAGCAAUAUCGUGAAUUGUAUCCAGUAUAUAGGUAUUAAAUUUCUCAGAUUUAACACUGUGAAAAAGUGCAUGUCGAUUUUGUAGACUAUGACGUUACCAAGAAAACGUUAUCUAAUGUCAUUAUUAUUUAAAAAAAUCUAAUUUGUCAAAUACGCCAUAUAAGGACAUUAUACACCUUAUGCGGGCAAUCUACUCGUGUACUUCAAACGUUUAUAAUUAUAUGAACGAGUUGCUAGUCAGUAUAAGCCUGUAUAUUUCAACAUUUUCUUUCAUUAGUUUUUCGGGUUGUCUUCGGUAAAAAAGGAAUAUUGAUUAUUAUUUCUGCUAGACAGGAGUUUAGUGCAUCUUUAGUUCCAUGUCUAUGCUAUAAAACAAACGCGGAUCAACUGUUAAUAAUUCAGUUUUAUGCAAAUUCAUAUCAUUGCGUAAUUUCCAUUAUUUUUCAAACUGUCUUUUCCUUAAAAGGAUGUACUGAGCUCGCUUUGAAGUAAAUGAUGUCGAAGAAAACCCACAGUCUAGAGCAACUGGAUAAUUAUAAAUAUAGAAUGUUACAUCACAUUGGGAACAUAUAUAUACGAAACUGCAGCAAAGUUGUUAUCAAGCUAUAGAUUUGGAAGAGUUAGCUGUCAAGAAGAAAGAUACCGGUAAGGCGUGAAACUAAGACUUGUUUUAAGUUAGUUUUUGGAGUCCAUGCAUUUAUCCCGAACGAACGCUCAAGUUCUUGAUCAAGUUGCUACAGUUGAUUAAGUUUUUUAAAGAUUUUGAGUAUGAAGUACUAACGAUGUACACCGUUUCUCCACAAAGUUUAUUUUAAACAUCUAUAUGCAGAUUAAUUUGGUUGACCGCAACUAAUUUUUAACUAUUUUGCUUUAAAGGUCUUUGAAAACUAAAGUCACUAUCAACAAUCACAAUGGUAAGUAGUUACUGACAGUAUUAUGAUAAAAUUGUAGGUGGCCGUUGUUACCUCUUUAUUUUAAAAAUGCCCGACAGAAUAGCAGUGUUAUUUUUAGUAAAAAAUUGAGGUCGUUGUACACUAAACACACCCUCGGCCAGGCUUUUCAGCCAUGAGAGUGAUUAGGAAUAAUCAAAGCAAUUUUUUUUUAUUUGAGGAAGCAGAAUGUAAGCAAAAUUUUGCUGUACUUCCCCUUGCUUAAUUGGAACUCAUAAUGUAAUAAUCAAUAUUUCAAAAAUAGCUCUCCUACAUACCAACUUUGGCCUUCAUUUUCUCUCUAUUGAACAAAAAAGCUUCAUUUUUUGGAAUCUGUGUUCUCCUUUAUAGCAGUUCUGAUACCUGAAAAAGGUUUUUUAGAUUAUUAAUCUUAUUUUUGUGUUCUCUUGAUACAGUCUAUGUCAGGGGUCCAAGUCGAUGCUAAAAUCAACGGUUUGUUUAAUGACAUGAAGAUGAGAAGCAAACACAAGUUUGCAUUCUUUAAAAUUGAAGGAAAGAAGAAAAUUGUUGCUGACGUGUGUGGUGAUCCAUGCAAAACAGAAACAAAAGAAGAAGAUGAAGAACAGUUUAAUAGAAUGAAGGAACAACUCAGCAAUGAGCCACGAUAUAUUUUGUAUGAUUUUGGAUUUAUGAAGAAGGAUGGCAGGCGAGUUAAUAAGCUGGCAUUCAUCUUUUGGUGAGUGAGACUGUCUCUGUAUUUUUAUUAAUUGGUGACCGGGCAUAAAAUUUUCCUUUAGUUUCAAGACAUUUUACAGGUGUUUUAAGCUGGAUUUUAAUGCAUGCAGCUCGAAAGAGUCAAAGUUGUAAGAACAUUUUAUUUCAUUAACCUGGUGAAAAUCAAAGACUUUAUUUGAGUCGUACGGGGUUAUAAGUAAAACAGAAUCGGUGGCCUACUUGUCAGGCGUUUGAAAGAAAAUGGGAAGGGAAUUCCGGCCGCUCGAGAAGCGCGAAAGGCGCGCGAGUGGAGUAUAUGGUCUUUUUCGUUAUUCACAUCGACCAGAGAGAUGCAAAAAUAAUUAUUUGAUUUUACUUAAUGAUACCUUAAUCCAAUUGGUUGAAGUCAACAUCAUGCUAUUGGGGACUUCUUACUGGUGAUAAAAGCGCUUGAAACUUACUUUUAUCGCGGCUUUUUUUACAGAUCCUUAAACUCGUUUCAUAAACUCGGCACGCGUCGUUGCAAAUUUCCUCCUUCAGUUUAGCUAUAAACGGCGUCGAACUCAGGCCACUUUGGUGGAAGGUGAAUGCUCUCUCCACGGCGCCUCCCUUGCUCCCUGAAUCGACGUAUUAUUAAUCAACGUGCACUCAUCAAGACAUAAUUUAUUAAAAAAGUAGCCUAUUCCAGGCUCUCAGAUAGUAGGGAAGUGUAUUAAAGGCAGCGAAAAUAUAAGCACGCGAUCUGGGAAAAGAAGGCGGUGCCGCCCUUCCACUCUCCAGUCUCCUCCCGUCAGUAUAUUUUCGUGUUAGCGCUUUCUCCAUUUCCCUGACCCGACUAUCUCGGAGCCUUGAACGGGCUAAUAAAAACGGUCUUUAGGUUUUAGUUUGUAUGAUAAAGUACACCCUUAUUGCCUGGUUCUCAUUUCUACUUAGAGACUGUUCACAUGAGGUGAGCCAGCUUGGUUAGCAAGACUGGCCUUCUUUACCAGGCUGGUUCGGCUCGUUCCUUGUUUCCUUACAAAAUCGGUGUUGUGUUUACAUGAGAAGACCGGCUGGCGCACUUGCUGAGAUCUUCCUUGGAGGAACCAAGAUCUCGGCAAGCGCAGCCGAGCCAACCGGUUAACUCGGCUGGCUCACCUUAUCUCCCUCUUUUGUUUCAGGUGUGACGAAAAUGCAAAGAUUGGAGACAAAAUGAUAUACGCAUCUUCAAAAGACACCAUCAAAAAGUCCUUCACUGGUUUAUCACUGGAAUUCCAAGCAAACGAUGAGGGUGAUUUGGAUUACACAACUUUAAGUGAGGAAGUGGAAACUAGAAACGCUUAGAUAGCAUACAUCAGAACACGACACUCAAGCUUUUUUACAACUUUUCCUUUUUGUGUUUGUAUAAUCUGCCGUUUAAGUUUUAGAUGACAAGAAAUAUCAAUAACUGCAUGCAAUCUGACUUCAUUUUAUACCUGUUAUCUCUGACCGCCUAUUGAAUUUAACAAUGGUGGGAGGCCAUUUUGUAGAUAGAAUUAUUUAAAACCUUUAAAUACCUGGAAGGAAGCGAAUGUUUUGACACCUUAACUUUGUAUUCGGAAGUAAAUUUGUAGUAAACAGUGUUUUUCUUCCU